AUAAUUUAAAAUUUUUUUUAAUAUUUUAAUAUUUUUUUAAGUGUUAGUUAAAUCUUAAAGUACAAUACAAAAUGCUCGAUUUAAAUGGUAAAAAUGUUGUCUAUGUUGGUGGCUUCAGCGGUGUUGGUUACCAAGUUUGUCGUAUACUGAUGAAGAAGAAGAUCAGCCACUUAAUUGUGAUGGCUCGCAUGGAGAAUAUGGAGAUGAUGCAGAAGUUACAAGCGGAAAAUAGCUCUGUCAAAGUUAUGUUCAUCCAUAUGAACCUGAUGGAUAACUCCAGCAUGGAACAAGCUGUUAAGCAAAUGAUGGGUGCUAUAAAGCAUAUCGAUGUUUUGAUCAAUGGUGCUGGCGCCUUGGCCGACAAGGACAUGGAAACCACAAUGGGAGUAAAUUUGAUGGGCAUGAUGACAAUGGUGAUGCUGUGCAUGCCGUAUAUGGAUAAAAUGCAAAUGGGUCAAGGAGGUAUGAUAAUGAACAUUGCCUCUGUUUAUGGGUUGGAACCUGCUCCUGCCUUCCCGGUAUAUGCUGCUGCUAAGCAUGGUGUUAUCGGGUUUACCCGUUCGAUGGCGGAUCAGCAUCAUUAUCAACAUACUGGUGUUAGUUUCAUAGUCGUUUGUCCUGGUCUAACUACCAGUGAAAUGAUGAUGAAUUUGCGUGAGAAGUCGAUGAUGGGUGAGCAAGCCUAUGUUGGUGAAAUGAUUGAAGCGAUGAACAAGGCUAAACAACAAUCGCCCGAGGAGUGCGCGAUGAAUAUGAUCAAGGCGAUGGAGAUGAUGAAAAACGGUGCUAUUUAUUUGUGCAACUUGGGGCAAUUGAAGGAGGUGAUGCCAACCGAUUAUUGGCAUAUGUAAAUAAAUAUCUUCUACGUGUGUGAAAAAUGAAUUAAUGGAAAUACAACAAAAAGAAAAAAAUAAAUAAGAACCAUUGGUACAUUUUUGAGAAAAAAA